GUGUGGAAUAGCCCCUGCAUCACCCUGCUUGGAACAGGCUGAUAAGGCUCCCUGUUUCUUAGCAACUACAGGCAGCCAUCGCCAGGAACCUGCCCCUCUGCAGCUGGAGGGAAAAUUCUGAAUGUCUCACAUUUGUACCUUUAACCCAGACCUCUGUCAUCCCUGGGCAUGGAGGUGCCAUAUGUCCUUCUCUUAACUAAACUUGUAGCAGAAGUUGCCAGCAAAUCUACUGAAAGUUUGGUUUCAGAGACAGAAUGUUGUGUGGAUGUGUGGGAUACAAACAGUUCCUGCCCUGCAAGCAACCAGUGCAGUCCAGGUUGUUACAGACGAUGGAAUGAGGAUGGUAGCAGUAGCUGUAUUAAGUGCAAAAAUGAAACCUUUCCUGUUGCACCUGUUUACAAUCUGACUGAUUGCAGAAAUACUGGUAUCAGAGGAGUGAAUUUUCAAAUGAAUAUAAGCACCGCAACUCCCUUCAUACAGAAUAUAGGGGGCCCAGAAGUGGCAGCAUCCCUCAUUGUGGGAACAUUUUUCAUCAGUUUAUUCCUGAUUCUGUCUGUGGCUUCUUUUUUCUACCUCAAACGUGCCAAUAAACUUCCGAAUGUUUUCUACAGAAGAAACAAAGCAUCUGUUCUCCAGCCUAGUGAAACAGCAUCCAUGAUACCACCUCCUGCCUCUUCAGUUCGGAAGCCACGAUAUAUCAGACGAGAACGGUCACUGGUGACAUCUUCUGCUCUCAUCUCUUCUGCAGAAACAAGGGUCAGCAAUGUUUAGCCUUCAUUCUUACCUGAGGACUGUGUCAGGGUACACAAUGUCGAAGAAAUGUUCUCCAAAUCCACUGAAGUGCCAGGAAAACACUGCAAGCAACUGACCUAAAUGCAAGCCAAAUGAUUGCAUCGAGGGGUUUGUGCCAAAUAUUAACAGAGAAAUGAACUCAUGUAAAGAUGCUGACAGCAGGCUACAUCCAGUUCUGUGAACUGCUUUGGUGGGCUUGAAGUGCACUAUUCCAGCUCUGUGGUUUUGUCUGUCUCCUACAGAUGCUGUGUUUUGAAAUCUGUAAAGUAUCUGCCUUUC